AUGGCUUUCCCUCUCAGCCUUGUCUUUUUGUCAAGUUGGACAGCUGUAGCGUUUACAUUCCCUCACAAUGCUUUUGACAACAUUAUUAAAGGAUCAAGAGUCGAAUUUGAAUCAUCUGGCAGCGGACCAGAUGAACCUGUCCGAGGAAUAGUGAAGGUUGUGCAGCUGGACCCUCGUGCCCUGGCCCAGUCAGGGUUCUUCAGAGCCGGACCGAUCCCACGAAGAGUCCCCUCCCUCACCUCCAGAUCGUCCUUCCCUUCUUUCUUGACUCACGGGCGUCCAGGUCCGGCCCUGGCCUCCAAGACCCCAGUGAGUCCGCUGCACCACCUGCACCCCAAAAGCCCAACUCAUAUGGAACUAAAGAAGAGGCAAGGCCUGCAGAUGUGGCAGAGAGCCAUACAUAAAGGAAAUAAAGGAGACAAAAUGACUCUGCCAGUCACCCUGAAGGACACUAAACAGACGUGCUCUGCAGUACCUUUCACUCAGCGCGUGACAGCAGAAGGAUGUGACACAGUAACGGUGCACAACAGGCUGUGUUUCGGCCAGUGCAGCUCCCUAUUUGUCCCAUCUGAAGGGGAGUUUGCCGGGCUGGUAACUGAGACAGGGGCCCUCCACCACCGGGCCCCCUGCUCCCGCUGCUCCCCGUCCAAAGUUCACAAUGUGGUCGUGCCUCUGCGCUGCAGAGCUGAGGUCAGGGAGAAGCGAGUGAUGGUGGUGGAGGAGUGCAAGUGUGAGACGAGCCGAGAGGAAAAGAGUGCUGAGGCUGCAGCACACCUGUAACUAUGUCAGGGAAUAGAGGGGCAGGUACAGAUUUUCAUUUGGAUUGAAAACUUUAUUCGUCGUCAAAUCACUGCCAAGAUUUGGACAUUUUCAUAACGUGUAAUAAUGAUUUAGACAGUUGUGAUGGAUAUUUACAUAUGUAUUUGUUAAUGAGUCUGAAUGUGUUAUUCAGAUGAAAAUAUGCUGGUGCUUUGUUACACCACUGAUCGAUGACAAAAUGACCUAUAUAUUGGUCAUGCAUUUCUCUGUUGCAACAGAUGUAGCUGUCCACACUGGACUUGUGUUACUGUUCGAAAAUAUGUUUAGAUUAAUCUAAACUGAAAUAUUGUGAUCUGUAUAAUAUUGUCAUUAAAAUGUCCUA